GACAAACGAUGAAGGAAAACAUCGUGAAGAAACCUGGGCUUAUACUUUCUAAUUAUCAGUUCGAAAUCAUCAACCCGCAUUGAGCAAACGUGGUGAGUAAUGGUCAAACGUUCUUCGAGUCUUUGGCCAGCAGGGGCCACUCAUAGGCCGUUGAUGAUGGUCCGUCGUCAGCUACAAUUAGGUUCAGUGAGACUGAACUGAUCGGAAUGUACUACUGCAACACCUACUUGAUGGAGUAGUUCAUAGUCGCGGAUAGUGGUUCAUUGGUCCACUAGUAAUUGUAUGCCCAUGUUUAGAAGUGCGACUCUCAUCGACGCAGCUAUAUAUUUCAUAUUUCCGCUAAUUGUCGCAGUUACCCCUAUUAGAUAACUUUCAGUUUUGACGAAAUUCUAAAACGUCACAAUUUUAAUUGUAGGUAUUUAAAUAAACGGAUAGACCAAGUGUGAAUCAUUAGCUGUCAGGUCGCCAUCGACACCGCAUUAGUACAAUAUUUCAUUACUCCGAACAGUUCAUACACAGCUUGUGUGAUUGUUGCAAACAAUGGAGCACAAAUUAGUUUGGCUGACCGGCUUCGGGCCUUUCGAAGGAGCUGUCGUGAACAGCAGUUGGGUAGGAGUCAAACACGUGCCGACGCGGGGCAUCAAGAAGAAGUACGGAGCUGUUGUGGUGAAACAGCAGCUCCCUGUGAAGUAUGGCUUCGUGGACUAUCACGUACCUCGGAAGUGGAGACAAUUGCGACCAGAUUUGGCUGUACACGUCGGUGUGUCAGGCGCGGUAGACUGCUUCACGUUGGAAUUACAAGCAUACAAGUCCGACUACACGUACCUGGACGUGGUCGGAAAGACUCCCUGCCGCGGUAUAAACAGAGCUCCUGGACCAGACGUACUUCGUACGGCGCUAGACGUCGAGGCUAUCUGCAAGGAGUUCAACGAGCUCAAGCUGGAUGGAGGCUCUCUGGAGGCGACAGUGUCUAGUGAUCCUGGCAGAUAUCUCUGCGGCUACAUAUACUACACGUCCCUCAGCCACGGCGGCCCUCGGAGCACUCUGUUCGUGCACGUCCCUCCGGACAGGUACACGCGCCACCAGCUCGCUGACGGACUGAACUACAUCGUGCAACUGGCUCUUACGCAAAUAUGAAGCAACACUAUCAGAUGUCAAAGUACACAUCGAGUUAUACACGACCAGCGUGUCUUAGUCUCGCUUUGUACGG